AUGGACAAUAACUAUGGUCACACGGUAUAUCUGGACCGACUGCAAAACAACAAACACGAGACGGUGAAGGCUCUCGAGAAGCUUGGCAAACGAGCCGCCGCAGUCGUUCAUGAAGAGCAGCGGUGGCAUCACUGGGUGAGGGAAUGUCAGGAGAAGGAGGAGGAACAGGCGCAGAGCGAAGCAAAGAAGGUGAAGCUGGAGUUUCAGCUCUUUAAAAGAUACGAAAAGGAACUCGAUCGUCGUCAACGGGACAUGCGAUCUAGAGAGAUCAAGAGGCGCGAAGAACAGUACUUGAACCAAGUAUAUGCAGAGCGCGCCCAGACGAUGUCAAGGGAAGAGGAAGAGGAAUGGGAAGAGCAGUGGGACCCCAUUCAAGAUAUUUAUGGCUACGAAAGAGGUCGCUAUGUCGAGCUCAUCAAUAUGUUUCUGAUGAUCAGUGAGCAGGAACAUGAAGACUAUUGCGCAGGUGUGGAGGCAUCUCAGCUUGAUGGCCCUGCCGCACCGACAUCUUCGCACCAAGCCACCGGACAAGCCGCGACGGGCAAGAAGUCCAUCAUAAUGGAGACCAAGGAACAGAUGCGCAGGAGACUUCAGACGCCUGUCAACUUCGAGCGCGCGCCAGGCCAAUAUCUUCCUGAGUUUUUAAGCCCAAGGACGACGACUCCCGUAGUUCCUCACGACGAGAUCGAGACGCUCUUGGAUGAGAUUUGUGAGAUCAAGAACUUUCUCUUCUGUCGACUUCUUUUGGCAUCAAGUGCACUCCUGCCUAUCGCACUCCAGGCCGGCAGCAUAGAGGAACUCCUGCAAAGCGAAGGUGUGACAAGGGAACAUUUACGAGAUGUUUGCCUCAAGCUGGAGCGUCCCAGUCUUGAGAACAUGCGAGACGCGUGUGCGGACUUCAUGCGUGAAAGGGAUGGGGCUGAUGCACCAAAAGACAUUGCCAAAGACCUCGCCCUGAUGGACAUUAUCGACGCCCAACAGCGAAUCCAGAUCAGGGUCUGUGGCCGCCAUAUGUACUACUACCGUAACGAGCGCGCUCUCAACCGCAGCGGCUGGUUUCACUUCUCUAUCAUCGCGAAAGACUCCGAGCUCGCCGAUGCCGUUGCGCUUUGUCGAAACUGGGAAGAGUUCUUCGAGCUCACGAUACUGUCAAUGUAUCGGUUGUUCCCGGCUCCAAAGUGGACGAAGUUUGUGGGCGAUGUGAAUCGUCAAUGCCUCCUGCUUCUCGGUUUCAUACCUUAUUUCCAAGUCGACGGCGCCGAAGCUAAAACGACGCAACAUAGGAUUAGUGGUCGUGCUAGUUCGGGACGGUCGUACAAUUUUAAGGAAUCACGCAACAUCCUCUGCGGUAUCGUCAAGCGUGACGAUACCCUCAAUCGUCGAUUCCUUGAGUGCCUAGCAAUGGAGUCGGCCGACCUUCGUGUUUUGGUUCAUGAUCCGGUGACUGGCAAAUUCGUAAUCCAACCACCAAAGGAGGAGUUUUGGCUGAGCCGCGAGAAGGCCGGACGUGGCAGGUCUACAAAACAUGAAUACACCGUCACAGUUGAGGUCGAUAACGCCUUUUUCGAACAGGCCACCGCCUGCAGGGCUUGGUCGUUGAACUUCAACGAUUAUUAUAAUGUUUAUAUCUGGGAUGCACCGCCCGGUCGGAGUGCAGAUGAGCUACAGGGCAAAAUACAAGAGGUCCGUAAAGUGAAGGGAAAAGACAUGCUUGUCAGAGUUCGGCACAUAGUGCAACAUAUCACAAAUGAUCGUGAGAAUAGACGUGUUCGCAGCAUUCGGCCUGGAGAGAAUGUUCCUAGCAUGCUCGAUGACUUCGAGCUUGGCGCAGAAGCUUUUCCCAUCCCGAUUGAUGAGAUAUACAAGGAGCGAUUCUUCACAGAGAUCGACGAAAUAGAGGAUGCCCUUUUAUAUCCAAGGCGCGCACCUGGCGACAAGUCGCAGCCACCCUUCCCCCGAGAGAUUGUUGGGAAGAUACACCGGAGGACAAAGUGGAAGUGGUGGAAAAUUGCCAGCGAUGCCAGCACUGAUGAAGAGUCAUCUGCUUCUGAUGAAGAGUCAUUUGCUUCAGACGAUGCAUCCGAAGCUAAAUCCGACGAGGGAUCGCAGAAAAUGAACGAUCCAAGAGCAGUGUUAUUGCGGCGCAUGUUGGCGAACGACCCUCAUGUUAGUGUUCUGGCCGGAAAAGCGAUUGACAAGCUCCCUUCGAAGAGAGAACUCGACGCAUUCGGUAAUCAUGGAACGCUGAUCCCACAGUUUCAAUGGGCGGACAGGUCACUGGGUUACGAUCAUUUCUUACCUAUGUUUGACCGUAAACGUGCUUCUGUGAUACCAAGCGAACUCAGGGAUUCUCCUUCGAAGCUUAUGGACACGCUAAGAACGGCUCUACGCCGUCAGCGAGAAUACGAUAUCCAAGGGAAACAUCUCAUUCGAGAGCUGUGCGGGAGCCAUGGGCAACGGUCAAUACACAGGGGUGAGUUUAUCAUCGCUUAG